UCUAUUGCAUUUGCAUAGCCGUACUUAGUGAGUUCACAUUGCGCUGGUCCUGAGGAUUGAGCUGCCUGGCUGUGUGGUCUGAAUGACUCCACACUGUGGGUUUGGUUCUCCUGUGACUUCUCAGGGUCACUCGCUACUAUGGUGCCUCUGCUCUCACCUAGCUGAGUGCUAGGAAGUCGACCAUUUACCAACAUUUUGGUUCUCAUUUAGAAGAUAUUUUAAGGAAGGCAAGAGAUAUUUUCUGAAGAAAGCAGAAUAUCUCUUCUCAAUAUGACUUCAGAAAUCACUUAUGCCGAAGUGAGGUUCAACAGAGGACCUACAGCCUCAGGCAUCCACCCUGGCUCUCUUGCAGCUCCCAAACAGAGUACCGCCCCUCACAAAAGUAAUCUUGAUCUUCCCAAGCUCUUCCUCAUCUCAUUGCUGAUACUGUUCCUGCUGUUGGCAAUCACAUUCCUCAUCACUUUCAUUAUUUUCUUUCAAAAAUAUUCUCAGCUUCUUGAAGAAAAAAAAUCUUUGAAAGAAUUAAAUCACACAGCAUUGGAGUGUAUGAAAAACAAUUUUAAAGAGAAAGUCUGGAGCUGCUGCCCAAAGAAUUGGAAGCCAUUUAGUUCCAACUGCUACUUGAUUUCUACUGAGUCCAAAUCUUGGUAUGAGAGUAAGCACCACUGUUCUACAAUGGAGGCCCAUCUGCUGGUGAUCAGCAGCAAGGACGAGCAGGAUUUCAUCAUCCAGAAUCUAAAAAAUACCCUUGCUUAUUACGUGGGACUGUCAGAUCCAGAGGGUCAGAGACAUUGGCAAUGGGUUGAUGAAACACCAUACAAUGCAAAUGUCACUCUCUGUGGCUGACACACCAACCAUCAUGUCAACUGCUAUUGCUUGAAAGUGCCCUGUGAGCUUUGGUGGAGUCAGCUCCCUGCUGCCUGGCUGCUGCGGUUCUUAUGCUGAGACAGAGCCCUGAGCGUCCAGCAGUCGGUGGUUACCUGUGCCUGCGUGUCGCUGUCAUCCACAGAUGGAUCUCCCCCUGUGCUCCCAUAUGAUUUCUGUAUCGCUGCUAUAAUGUAUUACAUUGUGAGUAGGAAAGUCAGUUUGGGUUUCUCAUUCCCAAAGACAUCCUUUGGGAUGUAAGUUUAUUUCACUCUCUCAUCCCCAAAGCCCUUCACACAAUGCUUUGCAUACUGUAAUAGGAAGAGGAGAUGGGGGAGGGGUACAAUGAUUUGUUAAGCAGAUCUAAAAUGCUAUUAACCUUGCUUUAAGUAGUAGCCAAGAGUACUGUUAGGGAGGGUAUCAAAUGGGAGAAAAGCUGGCUUUCUUCACUUCCUCUAGGUAAACUUCAUGGUGUGAGCUUAAGGAAUUUCCCACAAAGCUUCCCAGGCCUACAGAGGUGACUGUCUCUUUUGGGUGAAGAGCUACAUUAAUCUAGCCCAAGAAACCAAUGAGUAAAAUAAAAUGUCAAUAAAUUACACCAAAAAAUGUGCAUGGACUCGGCUCACAUUUCUGACUUGGAGCAUCUUUCCAUCAUAUUCAGCCAGAACACGACAGAAAGAUACUGAGAUCACUUCCUUCUCCUCCCCUCCCCUCCCCCUCUUGCUCCCUUUCUCCUUCCCUUCCUUCUCCCUCAUCCUUUUAAAAAGAUUUUACUUGUUUGAAAGUAAGAGUUACAGAGAAAUAAGGAGAGAUAGAGAGAGGUCUUCCAUCCUCUGGUUCACUCCCCAUAUGGUUGCAAGGGCCAGGGCAGGGCCAGGCUGGAGCCAGGAGCUUCCUCAGGGUCUCCCAUGUGGGUGUAGGGCACAAGCACUUGGGCCAUCUUCCGCUGCUUUUCCAGGCCAUUAACCAGGGAGCUGGAUCAGAAGUGGAGCAGCUGGGACUCGAACCAGUGCCCGAACAGGGUGCUGGUGCUGCAGACAAUGGCUUAACCCACUACUCCACAGCGUCAGCCCCAAGAUCUUCUUUACUAGCAAGACUGGUUGGUAUUAAAAGGAAAAGGCAACACACGGCUGCAAUUUAAGUUAAAAGCUACACGUUUUCCUGAACUCAACUAGUCUUUUAAGAUUGUUUCCAAGGAGACACUGCCAAUUACAGUUUUUAGAAAAAAAAUUCCAAAAAAGCAAGACCUUUUGUAGGAAUUUAAAAUAUAGUUAUUUGGUCUCUUUUAUCGUAACCUCAAUGAAUGACAUUUUUCCUCUUAUUUGUUGUUUGAGACUUCACUCUAUUGGAGGAAAGGCACCCUAACUGUAGCAGCUAACCUGGAGAACAGAGACAGGCAGGCUUUCACUGUUAGAUAAAUGAAGAAUUCUUCUUAGAAGCUUUGAGAAGCGAGAUAAGGAAAGCCAAGAGAGGCCACACCCUGUGGAACGUAUUUCUGCUAUUGAGUCUUCUCUGCAGCGUGCAUCAGAAGACUUAUGGUAUCAAGCACUUUAAACUCUCUGAAUUUGUGAUUCUAAAACGACCCUUUUGAGGGCCAGCACUGGGGUACAGCGAGCUUCGAUCAUGGCGUGGAGAGCAGCGGCCUCAGACAGAGAUGAACCCGGGAGGCGGGGGGCUGUGGUGUUAGUGUUCAGGGAGUAUUUAUCCAGGAAGGCUCUAGCUGGCUCUCACAGAGAGGCCGAAGGCCUAAGUAUGUCAACAUUUUCCUCUGUGAUUCAGUUCCCUGAAAUCACUGCUCAAAUUUGGAUUGCCAUACUUCUCUCUUUUUUGUUUUUGCUAAGCUAGUGAUUUCCUCAGAAAGGACUUUAAAAAGUGUUCUUGUUUCUGUCACAACAUUAAGAAUUGCAUUACAAAUUGGUAAUAUUUUCUUAAUUCUUUGUGAAGCGAGAUUCAGUUUUUGAGGCCAGGGAUAAGUUUUUAUCCAUAUCUGUGACUUCACUUUAGCUAACAAAAUAGGCAGUGCUAAGGGAGAUUCUAAAGUGUGGUGUUGCAUGUGACAUCCACGGGAAGGCAACUUUCUGCUUCUUUCUCAGCAUUUACAUUUGAUUGGUUUCUUACGUAUAAUUGCCUUUUUAGAAGAAAAAAUAUUUAUUUAUUUGAAUGGCAGUGUCGCUCCCCAUCUUCGCAGAGGAACGACACAGGACCCUGCGCUGUUCUUUUGUCUGCUCGACCCUCCCCGGGUUUGCUGCUGGUCCUUCCCGGGUUGGCUACCGUCCCUUCCACCUCCGUGGAAGGGCGGUUCCCCCUGCCACUUUCCCCACUUCCGCAGGGGAGCGGCACACCACCGGCCGGCUCUCUCGGGGGCUGCACAGGUGUUCCUUCAGAUAGAUGUUCCUGGUGCAUGUUGUCUCUCUCCUCCUUUAUAGUCCUCUUCCAUCAAUCCCAACUCUGCUACCCACACGCCGAGUACGCUGCUCUCCUCCAAUCAGGAGCAGGUCCUACAGUUUAUUGGUUGAACUGGAGGCAGCUGUGUAGAAGCUGUUUCCUCCUCUCCCAGCGCCAUAUUGUGGGAGAGCAGAUGCAUAAAAUAAGUCUUAAUUCGAGUAACAGUCUAAUCCGAGUUGCUCCC